AUGUAUGUACAAUAAAAAAAAUACACUUACAAAACGGAUUUAAUGAAACCAUAACUCCUGGAAAUAAUUUUUGGAGGGAAAUAUCAAGCAUAACGUAGAUCAGCUGUUGUUGACCAUAUGGUAAAUCAAGGUGAUAUCUGGAAACAAAUUCCAAAUCAUUUCACAAAGUAUCUAAAUACUUUAUUUCUUAAUGAUACACUCAAUAUUACACAAUUAUACUUAUCUAAAGCAAUUUUGAAUCAUAAUUAUUAUCGUCUCCAUUUUCCUAGGGUACAUGGUCACAUUUCAUUUGCAAUUUCCAAUUAGAAAUUAUCAAACAAAUAAUUAACGUAAUCAAAUUGAUGGAAAAAUGAAAAAUCAACCCAACACAACGUACGUGAUAAUCACUUUGUAAACAAGCAUGCCCCAUCACAUAUCCAUAUGUUCUGUUCUGCUCACGUGGUCACGUACACAUGACGAAAAAAAGUAAAUACUCGAUCGCUAUUGGUUGAAUUUCAAAAUCAUUUUUAUACCAAAUUUCAGAAUACUAAUGAAGUCGUCCAUGUUGAAUUGUUGAUGUGAGAAUUGUGCUUUGUGAAUUUUGUAGAAAUAUCUAAUCGUCUUGUUUGGAUUAUAUUUUGUGCAAUUUAAAGUGAUGUCAACAUUAAUUCCGAUUAAUGGAAUUCAUUACGUUCAAGAAUAAAAGAUAUCCAGUACCCAGGUGCAGUGAUUGCGUGAAAGAAUUACUUUGGGAAUACGUGACUCUUUUAGAUAAGUACUCGACUCUUUUGGAUCAGUAUUCAGAUAAAGGAAGUGAUAGUCAGAAGAGCGUCAGCUUAUUAGCGAAUCAUCCUUUCUCAACAAAACUUAAAAGUGCAUCGUUAAUUAAUCUUGAGUCAUUCUCUGAUCCGGAAGAAAUAAGCAGUGACAGUAGCAGUCAGAAGAGCGUUAGCAUUUUGGCAAACUAUCCCCUCUCAAGUAAACGUAGAAGUACUUCGCUUGAUUUCGAGUCAUUCUCUGAUCACGAGGAAGAUAUAAGUCAGGAAAGUGUCAGUUUAAUUGCAAAUUGCCCCGUUUUCACGAAGUAUAGACGCAACGAAAAUGACCGAUGAAAUUGAUUAUUCAACUGCAGAUUUAGUGUGCUGCGAGUUUAACGGUGCUGAGGGUGAUGGCAGUGUAGCUGUGGGAUAUAAACCAUGGGUGAUAUUGCCUGAAAAUGAAGACGACUUUCAAAAAGUAAUAGAUGACUCCAUUCCAAUUACGAUUAAGUGGCCGAAGAAUGUAGAAGUACAACCACCUCCAAAAAUGGCAAGAGCAGUAGCUAAACAGAAGAAUUUGAAGUGGGAGCUAUGGCCAGGAACAAAAAUAUAUGGUGUUGGAAGUUGGUUGGAAAUGACGGAAAUGGUCAAGAAUAUUACCACCACAGGACAGUCAAAAAUCGACAAAUCGAAUAGAAAAAAUUUUAAAAAAAGGGCUGAUCCAGACCAAGAAGAUUUGAAAGUCGCCAAUUUGAAAAAACAAAAAUUAUCCGAUUCAAAAAGUAAAAAAAAAGAGCUCGCUGAUAAUACACAACAAAACAUGAUGAAUCUAAUGAACGAAAUUGAUGCUGGUAUUAUCUCAAGUACAGAAUCGGCGCAACCUGUUACGAAAAAACCCAUGCCAUGUGGUAUGAAGAAAGAACGGACACCACGUAAACGAUCAACUCCGAUCCCGUCUUCAGAAGAUGACGACAGCCACACUGAUGACAGCGACACCGACGACGACCAAAUGAAAAUCGAAGAAUGGAGAAAGAAAGUUUCUGUCUUAGAAGCAGAACUAUUGCUGGAGAGAAAAGAUAACUCUGCAUUGAAACAAGAAAACAAGUGUUUGAAGGAUGAAGUCAAAACGACCAAACGAGAACUCAAAGAAAUUAAAACGAUUGCAACAUCUCGUAAAUAUUUAUCGGAGAUGGAAGAAAAGCUGAAGGAUAUGCUAAAUCUAAUGAGGACUCCAGCUACUUCAGCAAGGCAGUGCGACGUGUCAUCAGCUGUUACACAAAAAUUGCCAUCGUCUGUUGUUGAAUUUACUCAAAAAUUGCCAUUGUCGGAUGUUGAAUCGACUCGAAACAAAUCAUCAGCUAACAUUUGCUCACAAUUGGGUUUAUCAUCAGCUGCAAUCGAGCUAUCAACAACUAACUCUUGUCAAGAAACUGUAUUUGACGAUCACAAAACCAAAUCUAUUUGUGACAAUCUCGUAUCUGACGGACUAGGAAACAAAGCUGAAGAAAAACCAGAUGAAAGUGCAGAUUCAGUUUUUAAUGAAGUGGUAUUCUUUGCCAAAUGUUCGAAAGUCAAUCUGAGUUCAUUUGUAAAUGAUGCGAUGGAUCAAAGUUUUGAUGAUGCGGAGAUGGCUGAAAGUACUAUCUCAGGAAAGGUGCCCAAUUUCUACAAAAAACACCCUGAGCUGGCACAGCCACGAAAACAAUUGGAUCCCAUAAAAAUCGAAAGAAUCAAAAACUACGCCGAGAAACAUUUUCCCAAUGAAAUGAAGCUGUUGAAUAAUUGCAUCAGAAACAAGUGUGGCAACGCGAAAAAAAAAGUUCAACGAAUGAAUAAUCAGUCGUCAUCGUUGCAGUAACCGAAGACUCACCGAGCUGAAAUGGAGCAAUAAUACUAAUAAAUAUGACUUUUUGAUUUA